AUGAGCCUGGCCGAAGGCGACAUGAGCGCGCACCUGGGCGAGGCUGCGCUCGAGCUUGAGAGCCAGUUCAUACUGCGUCUCCCUCCCGAGUACGGGGCCACUGUCCGCGACAUCAUCCGGUCCGGAGACGUGGCCAUGAAGGACAGGCUAAAAAUCGACCUGUCCGCGGAGGGACGGCGUGCCGUCGUUGAGGUGGACGACGUGGCCCUGCCCGCCACGGUCGUCGAUUUGCCGUGCGUGAUCGGGAGCCUGAAAACCUUGGACAGGAAGACCUUCUACCACACGGCCGACAUCUCCCAGAUGCUGGUGUGCAGCGCCGACGGCGGCGGCGGCGGCGGCGGCUGUCCCCAAGCGUCUCCGGGGGAAGCGGCGGCGGCGUCCGCCAUCAGCGCGCCCGGGCCCGGCGACGGCGACGGCGACGGCGACGGGGAGCCCCAGAAGACGUACCUCUGGAAGCACGGCAUCACCCCGCCGCUGAAGAACGUGCGAAAGAAGAGGUUCCGGAAGACGAUGAAGAAGCUUCCGGCCAAGGACGGCCGCGCGGAGGACAUGGACUCCCCCGAGGUGGUGAAGGAGGUGAAGCGGUUGCUGUGCUCGGACGCCGAGGCCAUCAGCUGCCGCUGGGAGGUGGUCGCCGACGACGGGAGCCAGGCCGUCCAGAGCCAGGGCUGCGUCCCCGGCGCCGGCCGUCACGUCCCGUGGCAGCGCAGCGGCACGCCCCCGAGGAUGGGCGAUUCCAGCAGUCACGACGACGACGACGACGACGACGAAGACGACGACGGGGAGGACAAAGAUGGCCGCGGGAAGGAGGAGGAGGAGGACGACGACGACGACGAGGAGGAGGAGGUUGAUUCUGAAGAGGAUCUGGAAAGGGAGCUGCAAGCCAGGUUUCUGGAAUGCAGCCUGUCUGAGGAGAGUGAAGGUCACCGGGCGGUCGUCCUGGGAAUCCAGAAGCUGAUUGAUCACAAGGAGAAAAAGCUGCAGGAGAUUAAAGGCAAGGCGCGCCGGCAGAAGGAUCUCCUCAAGCAGGUGGAAAACCUGACCCUCAAGAGUCAUUUCCGUCUCGCCCUGAAGCAGCUUAAGUUACAGAAGGAGCAAAAGUCCAAGCAGAUCAUGUUCCUCAAGGAACAACUGAAACAGUACCUGAAGAAGUAA